AUGUCUACUCUCCAUGCUACCGCCGAUGUUUCUCGCAUCGAGGCGCCGGUUACCAUUAGAGCCUACCUGAUGUGUGCCUUUGCUUCUUUCGGCGGCAUCUUCUUCGGAUUCGACUCUGGAUACAUCUCUGGUGUUAUGGGCAUGGACUACUUCAUCCACCUCUACACCGGAAUCCCAAUUCCUGCUAGCGAUGCCUCGGCAGCUGUCACAGCGGCUUUCACCCUCCCCGCCUGGAAGAAGUCCCUGAUCACUUCUAUUCUCUCUGCUGGUACUUUCUUCGGUGCUCUGAUCGCUGGUGAUCUCGCUGAUUGGUUUGGUCGCCGAACUACGAUUAUCAUGGGCUGCGGUAUCUUCAUCAUCGGUGUCAUUCUGCAAACUGCCUCCACUGGCCUCGGCCUCCUUGUAGCUGGUCGCUUGAUUUCUGGUUUCGGUGUCGGAUUCGUGUCAGCUAUCAUCGUUCUAUACAUGUCCGAGAUCGCACCCAAAAAGGUCCGUGGCGCCAUUGUGUCGGGCUAUCAGUUCUGCAUUACCAUUGGUCUUCUGCUUGCUUCCUGUGUCGAUUAUGGCACUCAGAACAGAACCGAUACUGGAUCCUAUAGAAUCCCAAUUGCCCUUCAAAUGGCCUGGGCUAUUAUCCUUGCCAUUGGUCUCUUCCUCCUUCCCGAGUCCCCUCGUUACUAUGUCAAGAAGGGCAAUCUUGAAAUGGCUUCCAAGGUCUUGAUUCGUCUCCGCGGUGAACCCGAAGGCUCCGAAUACAUCCAGCAGGAAUUGGCCGAAAUUGUCGCAAACCACGAAUACGAAUUAUCCGUCAUCCCAGCCACGGGCUACUUUGGGACCUGGUUGAACUGCUUCAAGGGCGGACUUAGAAACCCUUCCUCCAACUUGCGCCGAACCAUCCUCGGAACCUCGCUCCAGAUGAUGCAACAAUGGACUGGCAUCAACUUCAUCUUCUACUUCGGCACCACGUUCUUCAAGACUUUGGGCACGAUCAAGAACCCCUUCCUCAUCGGUCUCAUUACCACUCUAGUAAAUGUUUGCUCUACACCCAUCUCGUUCUACAUUAUCGAGCGCUUCGGGCGUCGUACAAUCCUCAUCUACGGCGCAUUGGGCAUGUUGAUCUGCGAGUUUAUUGUUGGUAUCGUUGGUGUCACAGCCGGUCGUGAGAGUUUACACAACACCUCGGCCGUUUCCUCUCAAAUUGCCUUUAUCUGUAUCUACAUCUUCUUCUUCGCUACUACCUGGGGGCCCGGCGCUUGGGUAUUGAUCGGCGAGAUCUUCCCCCUUCCAAUCCGCUCCCGUGGUGUCGCUCUAUCCACCGCCUCCAACUGGCUGUGGAACUGCAUCAUCGCAGUCAUCACCCCCUACAUGGUAGGCAGCGAUCCUGGAGAAGCCAACCUCCAAUCCCGCGUCUUCUUCGUCUGGGGUUCCCUCUGCACUGCCUGCUUCGUCUACUCAUACCUUCUCAUCCCUGAGACCAAGGGUCUGUCACUUGAGCAGGUCGACCGGAUGUUAGAGGAGACUACCCCACGCACUUCCGCCAAGUGGGUUCCACAUACCACUUUCGCUGCCGAUGCUGGUUUGACCGAUAAAGGCACACUGGCGCCUGAGGUAAUUGAGAAGGUUGUGCAUCACCAAGCCGAGCAUACCAACAAGGCUGAUGCGACUUCGGCUGUCUAA